ACAUCCUGUGUGACGGGUUUUUUUAUAUUCUGCUUUUUCCUGGAGAAACAAGAGGGUUUUUUUAUGUCUUCUUCUGCUGAGCAGCUUUGGUACUGAAGUUAAAUGAGGUGAGAGUUAAAUGAGACACAGAAUUGUCUCCUAAUACACAUUUCCCAGGUAACAACUCACUCCUGGACUCUGAAGGAGCAAAAUCCACCUGUGAUCCCAGUGCUUUGACCAAGGUUGUUUUCUGGCUUUCCCUUUGGAUAUAAUCCCAAAAAAACCCCCUCCAUAUUCCCCCUUUCUCUGAGGUUUCCAUGAGGUUGCAGUGCAGGAUCUCCAUCAUUCCCUGGAGAUGAAGGCAGUGAAUAUUUAAUAAAGAGGAAUAUUCAGUCAAACCCAUCCAUGAACAAUUCCAGGCUUCUCUCAGCUCCUGUUCUGUGACAGCCAGGGAAUCAGUGAGGCCUCCUUUUGAAUUUUUUGAAAUCUCCACCCUUUUGAUGUCUCUUAGAGAAGACUUUUCCAAGCUGGGGAUGUGCAGUGUGUCCUCUGAGUGAUGGACAGAAUCGUGACACGCCUGAAGCUGCAAAUGCCAGAAACAUCAGGAGGAACUUGAUCAAAAUCCCACUCCAGUACAGUCUGUAGCUCUGCCCUUGGCUGAGGAUCCUUCCAGCUGGAAAACUGCAGGAUUUGAGCAGCCUGAACUCUUAAAUUUGCUCUCUGCUAUGGACAGUGCCAUCACCCUGUGGCAGUUCCUCCUCCAGCUGCUCCAAGAGCCCCAGAACAAGAACAUCAUCUGCUGGACCUCCAACGACGGGGAAUUCAAGCUGCUGCAGGCAGAGGAGGUGGCCAGGCUCUGGGGGAUCCGCAAGAACAAGCCCAGCAUGAACUAUGAUAAACUCAGCCGGGCGCUGCGCUACUACUACGUGAAGAAUAUCAUCAAGAAGGUGAAUGGGAAGAAGUUUGUGUACAAAUUCGUGUCGUACCCAGAGAUCCUCAACAUGGAUCCUCUCGUGGUGGGCAGGAUCGAGGGGGACCCGGAGCUGCCCGGCUUUGGGGAGGUCACCAGUGCUGCCAAGGACGUGGAAAACUGCGGGAAGGAGAAAUCCCAGUCGUGUGCUAAGUCCUCCAGCCGAAAUGACUACAUCCACUCAGGCCUCUACUCCUCCUUCACCCUCAACUCCCUCAACUCCUCCAGCGUGAAGCUCUUCAGGUCCAUCAAGAUCGAGAACCCGGCCGAGAAGCUGGCAGAGAAGAAACCUCAGGACCCCACCCCUUCUGUCAUCAAAUUUGUCACCAUGCCCUCCAAAAAGCCUCCCAGCGCCCCCCUGGUCUCCACCGCCUCGGCCGUGGCCGUGACUUCCACGGUUUCUGUCACCCCCAGCGUGUCGUCCUCGCUUGCCCUGGGCUCAGAGGAGACCCUGCACACUCUGGAGACGCUGGUGCUGCCCAAGCUGAGCGUCCCCGAGGCUCCUGCAGCGCCUUUGCCCAACCUGAGCACCGGCUUCACCCCCACGCCUCCCAUGUCGUCCUCCGUCUCUCCCACCUUGCAGGUGCCCUCCACGCCCCCCUCGCCUCCCCUGAGCUCCAACCCCGACCUGGACAUUGACACGGACAUCGAAUCUGUGGCUUCCCAGCAGCUGGAGCAGCCCCAGAGCCUCCAGCAGCAAUCCCCAGAGCCCAAGGAGCAGCAGGAUUCGGCCGUGCUGGAGAAAGAAUUUGCCAAUCACCUCUCCAGGUCGAAAAAACCCAAAGGGUUGGAGUUGGCUCCCACUCUGGUGAUCACAGGCAGUGAUCCGAGUCCUCUGGGCAUCCUGAGUCCUUCUCUCCCCACUGCUUCUCUUACUCCAGCACUUUUCUCUCAGACUCCCAUCCUGCUGACUCCCAGCCCUCUGCUCUCCAGCAUCCAUUUCUGGAGCACCCUGAGCCCCGUGGCUCCUCUGAGCCCUGCCAGGCUGCAAGGUGCCAACACCUUGUUCCAGUUUCCCUCAGUGCUGAACAGUCACGGCCCAUUCACACUGUCAGGACUGGAUGGACCCUCCACCCCUGGCCCCUUUUCCCCGGAUUUGCAGAAGACAUAGCACCUGGAAUUCCUGCACAGGGACACAGUGACAAGCAAGGCAAAGACAGGACACUUCUCUUUCAACCACCUUCUUUUAUUUUU